AUGAGUGCACUCUGGGGCACGGCCGCCUCGAGCUGGGCGGAGGAUGAAGCGUACCUUGCUGGCUCUGUGCCUCAUGGAGGCGGUCUGCGAUACACCGAGACGGCAGUUCCACGGGAAGUCGCUGCGUUCGUGAAGGGUGGACCAGCGAAUUCCCCUGCCGCUCCGUCCCUUUCUCUCAGUUCUCUUCCUUCUCAGUCAUGCCCGCUUGUCCAUGCGAAACAGACCCCUGCUGCUUGUAAUGAAAACGACGAUACCGCAGGCGCCCGGCCUCUGCCGAGGGCAUUUUCCGUAGCGUCAAACGAGGGGUGUCAGUUGGAGUGCUUGGCAUCUAUUGCCUAUUUGGUGGGCUCACCGAUGCAGCGGAGUCAGCCCACAUUGAUGGAGCCAGUCCAACAGUCCAUGAAACUAGUGCGAGAGCUGCUGCGUCGCGGCGUCGAUCCAGAACAGGUUAUUCGUGUCAUUGAGUCAAGAGAGGAGGUGAGUGGGGGCGGGUAG